AUGACCACCAGGUGCAUCCUCCAAAUGGCUCUCCUGUUGUGCUUCUCCACCACAGCUCUUUUCAGGAGCUACAACCUGCUUCAAUUCCAACAAAGACGCAGCGCUAUGGCCUGUCAGAAGCUCUUGAAGCAGUUGAGUGGGAACCCUGAAUCUUGCCUUGACGACAGGAUGAACUUCCAGGUCCCUGAGGAGAUUAACCAACCAAGGCAGUUCCAGAAAGAGGACACUGCAUUGAUCAUCUAUGAGAUGUUGCACCAGAUCUUUGGUAUUUUCAGAAGAAAUUUCUCCAGUACUGGCUGGAAUGAAACUGUCAUUGAGAACCUUCGAGCCGAGUUAUAUCAGCAGAUGGACCGUCUGGAUACAAUCCUGGAGGAAUAUAUGGAGGAGGACAACUCCACCUGGGGAAACGUCAAGACCCUCGUGCACCUGAAGAAAUAUUACUCGAGGAUCAUCCAGUACCUGAAAGCCAAGGACUACAGCAGCUGUGCCUGGACAAUAGUCCGAAUGGAAACCCUCAUUAACUUUUCAAUCAUUAGAAGUCUUAUAGAUUACCUAUAA